AUGGCUCGACUCAGCAACGUCUCCGUUGUUGUUCCUCUUCCAUCCUUCGACAUCGACCCCCUCAAGACCUUUGACGAAGGCUUCUUUGACCGUGCUGUUGACAACAUCUUGUCAGAGGAGGCGAGCUUAGAAGAAUCCCGGGACGAGAUGAUGAACGGUAACAGUGGCAUGUCGAGUCCAUUUGGGUAUGAUGGUGCGUCUGACUCCUCGAACCUCAACGUCCGUCGUAGCCAAAGGACCGGAGCCAACUCGGCGCAUUUUUCCACAACAUCGACCUCAUCACCUACAACUACCUCCACCAAAAAGCCCAAGUCGAGAAGGUCUUCCGGAAUACGGAAGAUUGUUACAAUGGAGAAUCUCAAUGAUCAUAGCGAAGCCCCUAUUAGCCUCGAGGACACCACACAACCUCGGCUUCCUAAAAUUACGGACUCCGUGGCAGUUCCCACUGGUGAUAACGAAAUGACGGCGGAAGACAAGAUCUUUGCUUCGGUGGACCCCGAAAAGCAGAUGGAGGUGUUGAAGUUCGUUGUAUCACACUCUUUUAUGACAGAACAAGUUCAACAUAUUCGACGUUCGGCCCGGCGAAAAUUCACUGACCAAGUCCGAGGCGUCGCUGCAGAGGCUGGAAUGAACGACACCGCUAUCGAUGCCUUGGUUGACCACGUUCGAAAGAUCUAUCUCGAGGACCGUGGAGUUGCAGUAGCUGAUGAUGCCGGCUCUGCAUUUGGGGAUGAAGUAGACGGCGAGGAAAAAACACAUACCAAGAGUUCGCAUCGGAAACGGCGCAAGAGCAGCUCAUCCCAGCCUGAGGACAAGAAGCAUAAGAAGAGCAAGAAACAACACUCAGAUAAGGCAAGGCGACACAGCCAUGACGCUAUACAGCAUGAUGAGCCAACCAAAGUCGUGGAGGCUUAUGUCCCGGCCGGUGUUCUUACUAAAGGCCAGGACAAUGGCUUAGUUAAACCGGAGGAAUGGAAAGAUAAGGACAACACGCCGGAUCUACCAAAAAUGCCUACAAACAUCAUUCGGGCUAGUCCCAGCACACCUAUAGACCUGACUAACUCUGCCCCUUAUCACGAGCUCACCCGUGAAGCGGAUAUGGUUCCACCUCAAAACCAAAAACUUCAUGUCAUCCGGGAGAUCAAGCAUCUUCGGGACAGCAGCAAAAAUGGUAUCACGUCUCACCUAUCACUCGACACACCGACAGGGAUUAUUCAGAUUCCAUCACCUGACCAAGCCGUUGGACAAAAGCCGUCGAAAUGUCGUGAGUCAGGUAAAGGAUCACAGAGAGACAAGAACAAGCGCAAGCGCGAACGGAGGAAGGAGCGCAACAAAAAUCGACGAAAGUUGGGUGGAAAUCAACACCCUCAAGAGGGCUCGCCCAAAUGGAGGCAGGCGGAGCUCCAGUCAGCUUCCGCUACCCGCCGAUCCAUCCCAGUGGACGAUGGAUUUUUGAAUACCAGUGAUUUGCCAGGUGUGACUCCAAGUGAUGAGGUUCAGUCUAAGUAUUUCUUAGGAGCCGGCAACCCCAAAGUUGGCUCGAAAAACAAGCGGGAAACGGUUUCCUCGCUGUACGAUUUGUCUAUUCCAGCCCAAACCCGACAGCUGUUGAAAGAUUUGAAUCUACCCCCGGACUUCUUGUCGUCAGAUUCUUCCUUGAGUGAUGCGCCGAGUGAUUUUGAAUCCGAUCGGGAUGCUUUAGAUGAUCCCCCGUCGCAUGUUCAGAUCCAGUUAUCACCCCCGAAAAGCCCCUGCCUGGUCCCCCAAUUCACCAAGCCUGACCCUCAAACUCCGGUGAAAUCCACUGCUUUCACCAUCCCAGAACCCAUCAAAACCCCUCAAGCCAAACCCUUGAAACAUUCUCCUUAUUUCCCGCGUGAGCAACUUGCACAUGACCCGUUUCGUUUACUCAUUGCAACCAUUUUUCUCAAUCGAACCCGCGGGGGUGUUGCCCUGCCGGUUUUGUUCCAAGUGUUUGAACGAUACCCUACGAUUAAGGCAAUGGCCGAGGCAAACCCACCGGAGCUCGUAUCGAUGAUAAACUGCCUGGGCUUUCAAAAUCAACGUGCAAGGAAAUGCAUCACAUUGGCACAAACAUGGCUAUCAGACCCCCCGAACAAAAGCAAAAGAUAUCGCAAGCUCCACUAUCCACGAAAGCUUGAUGGUCGAAAUGUCGGUCGUGAAGAGUGCAUUGACGAAGAAGAUUUGCGAGUGGCAUGGGAGAUCGCACAUCUACCCGGAGUUGGAGCGUAUUCCCUUGAUAGCUGGAGGAUCUUCUGUCGUGACGAAUUACGGGGGAAAGCCUCUGACUGGAAAGGAACGGAUGCUGCAGAGAUCGGGUUUGUGCCCGAAUGGAAAUGCGUUCUGCCACACGACAAGGAACUACGUGCUUAUCUUACAUGGAUGUGGCUGAAAGAAGGAUGGAUUUGGGAUUAUAACACGGGUGAUCUGACACUUGCGAGUGACAAGAUGAUGAGAGCUGCGCAGAGUGGAGGAGUUGCUCGUGAAGAAGAGGGAAAUUGGGUACUAGAGACCUCCCCUGUCAAGGCUGUGAAUGGAUUACAUGAAUCAGAUUGA